AUGUUUCUACCAUCCUUGCAGAUAGAGGUUGCUAAACUUUUAGCAUCAACGAUGGUGGAAAAGCUACAAAUCUGGAUCUUCAAACCGCUCUCGACUACGACAGUCGGAGAGAUCGAGAUCUGUCCAGCAAGUAGAAAAUCGGCCACUGCUAAGCAGGCAUUAGCAGAGGCUGAGUUUGCCGCCGCCGCUGCUAAGGAAGUAGGUGGCGGUGGAAAAGAGGCUGAGUCAUCGGAGUUGUCCAACAAGGGCAAAGAAUUAUCUGACUCUGAAUUGUCUGACUCUUUUGCUGUGCAGUUGAUAGAAAGUGGUGAAGGUGUGGAGUGUUGGGAUAUGGAUAAAUGGAAGACCUACUUCGACAUCAUGCACAGAAGCCAGGGUUAUGAUAUCAUUGUUCCUCUUGAUAAUAGCUACAAAGCAACGCUCUUCCCAUAUAAAUUCAAAAAUGAUGAUGAUGGUACAAUCAAGCCUGAGAUCCUUGACAUAGCCGAUAAAUGCAUCCAACUUUAUAACGAAACACAUGACCAGGAUUAUCAGGGAGAUGAGGAUGAUAGUGGGGCAACGUUUUGCAAAACUAAGGAUGAGGCUACUGAGGGUUUUUAUGUGGAUCUUGCUGUAGCCGGUAUCACAUGUACGGAAGCGAUAGUCUCACAUAUCGCCGAUACACUCGUCAGCGCCUUAAGGAGCACAGGGGAUCAAGGUCUUGGGAGCACGGAGCACCCUCUUGGUUGCAAGAAGAGUUGGCAGAGAUGGAAUCCCAACUUGAGGCGGCAAAGAUGGAGGACCAAGUUGGUUGGCUUGGAGAGUAGCACUCUAGGAAGAACUAGUAGUAUCUGA